AUGGCUCAGAAUCACCAAGAUCAAGGUGACUUCACCAACAUGUCAUCUGGCAACCAGGUGUUUUCAAACACGACGUCAUUCUCAACAUCACAAUCACAACAACACACUUCUAGAGUCAGUGAGCUAGCCAGCCCGUUUGAUGGCAUUCUCAGAACAGAGUCUGGUCGCGAAACCUAUCUUCCUGACGGGCAGUAUUCGUCCGACCAGGCACAGGUGCAACGCUCGACAUCUCGUGCCAGCUAUGGCCUAUUUUCUAAUGCAGAGAACCGCGACACACACGACGCCGGCAGUCUUGCAGCAGGUGGACUGGCUGGAGCUGGCGUUGGGCUCUUCCAAGAUGCCGGCACAACAAACGACAACCAGUAUCUUCACAAUGGAGCCGAGGACCAAGUGCCUCUCGAGAAGGUGGCUACUGGGAGUUCCACCGACUCUUCCUUCACACGAUAUGGUUCCAACGGUCAGCGCCGAACCCGGAAAGGAACCAAGGUGUCAGAUACCGACGAUAGCGAAGGCUCGCCUAUGGAGCGCACAAUCACAAGACCUGAGAUUAACGACGAGGAAAGGAGAAAUCUGCAGCGAGCUCUUACCAGCUUGAGCAUGUCCCGGCAAGGAACCCGUCACAGCAUCGCAGAGCCGAAUGAUCCAUCCAUGGACCCCAGCAGCGACUCCUUCGAUCUUACCAAGUUUUUGCGCUCCUUCAGACAUUACCUUGAAGGCGAGGGUAUUGAGAUGAAGAAGCUUUCCGUUGUGUACAAGAACCUCAAUGUGUAUGGAUCGGGCGCAGCGCUGCAGUUGCAGAAGACUGUCGCCGACAUGCUGAUGGCACCCAUUCGGCCACAGGAGUUUAUCAGCUUCGGCAAGAAGGACCGUAAACAGAUUCUCCACAGCUUCGAUGGUAUCAUCAAGGCCGGCGAGCUUUGUGUAGUCCUUGGUCGACCCGGAUCUGGAUGCUCGACUCUCCUCAAGGCGCUGACAGGAGAACUUCACGGCCUUGAGGUUGACGGAGACAGUGUUCACUACAACGGUAUCGAGCAGCACAAGGUCAUCAAGGAGUUCAAGGGAGAGACGGUCUACAACCAAGAGGUCGACAAGCAUUUCCCUCACUUGACAGUCGGUCAAACCCUCGAGUUUGCAGCCGCCGUCCGUACACCAUCGCACCGCCCCCACGAGACUUCCCGUAAAGACUUCGCCAAGUACACCGCUCAGGUUGUCAUGGCUGUCCUCGGCUUGAGUCACACCUACAACACCAAAGUAGGCAACGACUUCGUCCGCGGAGUCAGUGGUGGAGAGAGGAAGCGUGUUUCCGUUGCUGAGAUGUUGCUUGCGGGUGCUCCUUUUGCUUCGUGGGACAACUCAACUCGUGGUCUGGACUCGGCAACCGCACUGAAAUUUGUUCGCUCACUGCGGAUUGGCUCUGACAUGACCGGCGGUGCCGCUGCUGUCGCGAUCUAUCAAGCAUCCCAGAGUGUGUACGAUUGUUUCGACAAGGCGGCCGUUCUGUACGAAGGACAUCAGAUCUACUUCGGCCCUGCCAACAAAGCACGAAGCUUCUUUGAACGCCAGGGCUGGUAUUGCCCCCCACGCCAAACCACCGGUGACUUCCUGACAGCAGUCACAAACACCGACGAGCGACAGCCUGCCAAAGGCUUCGAGAACAAGGUUCCUCGCACACCAGAAGAGUUCGAGAAGUACUGGCGCGACUCGCCUGAGUACCAGAGCUUGCUCAAAGAAAUCCAACAGUUCGAGCAGGAAAACCCUGUUGGUCAACACUCUACACUUGCCGAGUUCCGUGAGAAGAAAAACUACAUCCAGGCCAAGCACGCCCGCCCCAAGUCUCCGUACCUUAUCAGCGUUCCUAUGCAGAUCAAGCUCAACACUGUUCGAGCGUAUCAGCGCAUUUGGGGAGAUUUUGCUUCCACGGCCACACAGGCAAUGCUUAAUCUCAUCAUGGCUCUCAUCGUCGGUUCUAUCUACUAUGGUCACUCGAAAGGCACCAACUCUUUCCAAGGGCGUGGAGCUGUUUUGUUCCUGGCUAUUCUCUUCAAUGCACUGACUUCCGUUGGUGAGAUUAGCGGAUUGUACUCCCAAAGGCCCAUCGUCGAAAAACACAAUUCUUACGCGUUCUACCAUCCAGCAACAGAGGCUAUAGCCGGCAUUGUCGCAGACGUACCGGUCAAGUUUCUUCAGGGGGCGGUCUUCAACAUCGUCUUGUACUUUCUCGCUCAGCUUCGAUACACGCCCGGUCAAUUCUUCUUAUACUUCUUGAUCACCUACAUCAGCACCUUCGUCAUGGCUGCCAUCUUCCGUUCGACAGCUGCAUUGACAAAGACUGCCUCGCAAGCCAUGGCUUUGGCAGGAGUGCUGGUCUUGAUCCUCGUUAUCUACACCGGUUUCGUCGUUCGUAUACCAUCCAUGCACCCCUGGUUCUCGUGGAUCAGAUGGAUCAACCCGGUGUUCUAUGCUUUCGAGAUCCUACUCGCUAAUGAGUUCCACGGUGUUCAGUACCCCUGCGAGAGCUUUAUCCCUAUGGGGGCAGGAUACACACUGACGGGAGACUCGUUCAUCUGCAACUCGCAAGGUUCUGUGGCUGGGCAGCGAUUCGUUUCUGGCGACGCCUACAUUGAAGUCGCCUACGAAUACUCCUGGUCCCACGUCUGGCGCAACUUUGGCAUUCUUAUUGGGUUUCUGAUCUUUUUCAUGGUCAUCUACUUCAUCGCUGUCGAGCUCAAUUCGUCCACCACCAACACUGCCGAGCAGCUUGUCUUCCAGCGUGGCCAUGUUCCGGCUUACAUGCUGGAAAAAGGUGGCAAGCAGUCAUCCGAUGAAGAGUCUGCUAGACCAAGCGCAGGUGCCGAAGGCGGCGAGACCGAUGUUAGCGCUGUUGAGGAGUCCAAGGGCGUCUUUACAUGGAGAGAUGUGGUUUACGACAUCGAAAUCAAGGGCGAACCUCGACGACUAUUGGACCAUGUCUCUGGAUACGUCAAACCUGGCACACUAACCGCAUUAAUGGGAGUGUCAGGCGCCGGAAAAACCACUCUUCUCGACUCUCUUGCUCAACGUACUACCAUGGGCGUCAUCACUGGUGAUAUGCUCGUGAACGGAAAGCCAUUGGAUCCCAGUUUCCAGCGUUCUACUGGCUACGUCCAACAGCAAGAUCUCCAUCUCGAGACGAGCACUGUUCGCGAGGCGCUCCGCUUUUCAGCCGUGCUCCGUCAACCAAAGUCGGUUCCGAAGCAGGAGAAAUACGAUUACGUUGAGGAGGUUAUCAAAAUGCUGAACAUGAAGGACUUUGCAAACGCCAUUGUCGGUGUGCCUGGUGAAGGUCUCAACGUCGAGCAGCGCAAGUUACUCACCAUUGGUGUGGAACUAGCAGCGAAGCCCAAGCUUCUGCUCUUCCUUGAUGAGCCUACAUCUGGUCUUGACAGUCAGAGUUCUUGGUCUAUCAUCUCCUUCCUCCGCAAGCUUGCUUCUGCUGGCCAGGCGAUCCUGUGUACCAUUCAUCAGCCGAGUGCCAUCCUCUUCCAGGAGUUUGAUCGUCUGCUGUUCUUAGCCAAAGGAGGAAAGACUGUCUACUUUGGCGAGAUCGGCGAGAACUCCCAGAAGCUUCUUGACUACUUUGAGAACAGUGGUGCUCGUAAGUGCGGAGAAGACGAGAACCCUGCUGAGUACAUGCUCGAGAUUGUCAACGCUGGCAAGAACGAUCAAGGUGAAGACUGGUUCAACGUCUGGAGAAGGAGCGAAGCAGCAAAGAUCGUACAGCGCGAGAUCGAUGAAAUCCACGAACAGACACAGCACUCCGAUCUCAACGUCGCUGAGGAGACCGGUGGAACCGAAUUCGCCAUGCCACUCUGGACUCAGGUUUGGGAGUGCACCUACCGUGUCUUCCAGCAGUACUGGAGAAUGCCCGAAUACGUCUUUGCCAAGAUCCUCCUUUGCGUCAUAGCUGGUCUUUUCAUCGGCUUCUCCUUCUACGGCGCCAACGACACUCAAGCUGGUAUGCAGAACAUCAUCUUCAGCGUGUUCAUGCUCACCACCAUCUUCUCCUCGCUUGUACAGCAGAUCCAACCUCUCUUUAUCACUCAACGCAAUCUGUACGAGAGUCGCGAACGUCCCAGCAAGGCCUAUUCUUGGAUUGCUUUCAUGAUUGCCAACAUUGUGGUCGAGCUGCCAUACGGCAUCGUCGCUGGUGUCUUGAUGUUCGCCUCCUUCUACUACCCGGUUGUUGGCGUUGGACAACCCUCUGCCCGCCAGGGCUUGGUGCUGAUGUUAUCCAUCCAGCUUCUCAUUUACACCUCGUCGUUCGCAGCAAUGACCAUCGCUGCCCUGCCCAACGCUGAGACGGCGUCUGGUCUGGUCUCGCUCCUGACUCUUAUGGCCAUCCUCUUCAACGGUGUCCUGCAGACUCCUAGCAACCUUCCAGGAUUCUGGCUGUUCAUGUACCGUGCUUCUCCAUUCACAUACUGGGUUAGUGGUAUGGUAUCCACUAUGCUGGCAGGCCGUAAGGUGGUUUGCAGCUCCACAGAAGUAUCCAUCUUCAACCCACCAGCUGGCCAGACUUGCGGUCAAUACCUUGGCCCCUACGCUCAGGCCGCAAUGGGUACCAUUCAGAACCCAGAUGCUACCGCAUCCUGUCGGUACUGCUCUAUUUCAAACGCCGAUCAGUACCUGGCUCCCAGCAGCAUCUACUACAGCGAGCGCUGGAGGAACUUUGGCAUCCUAUUCGCCUUCAUCUCUUUCAACGUUUUCCUUGCUCUUCUUACCUACUGGCUGUUCCGAGUCGUCAAUGUUAGCAACCUCACUGCGAAGUUCCACAAGAACAAGAAGGGUGCAAAGACCAAGGGAGCUGCGGACAAGGCGGCAGAAGGUGUUGGUGAGGCAGCACGACAAGGUGCGCUGCCCGGAAACGGUUCCGAAGAGAAGGAUACAGCGUAA